AGAUGAGUGCAAUGAGCGCUUCACCGGUUAAGCCGCCGAUAACAGGUGCACCGCCCCCUUCGGCUGGAGGCGGUCCGGCCCCCACUGCGGCCAAGGCAGUAGUGCCGCCUCCAAGCGGUGUCGUUCCCUCGGGACUAGUUGUGCCGCCCCCAGGAAACUCUCCUUCCAAGAUGCCUACUGCCUCCAGUCCCAGUAAGGUGAUACCGCCCCCGGGUGGAGGUGCCGCCUCCAGACCUCUUAGUCUGAUAGCCGAACACAAGGUGCCGCCCCCGCAGAUUCCCGCCUCCGUUCAGCCGUUGCCUGCCUCAAUACAGGCGCCGCCUCCACAGAUCCGGACCACCCCUGAGAAACCGCGAGAUACCGCCCCUCAACAGCAGCCUGUUUCUUUGCAGGUACCAAAGCCAACAGCGAACGGCAUGGCACCUGACCAGCAACCGCCUCCACUCGCCAACAACACAGCCGCCAUUUCGCUGGCGCCGCCUCCACAGCAGGUGGCUCCGCCCCCUGCCGCCCCCGCAGCUGUGCCGCCCCCUGCGCCUGCCGCAGCCAAGCCGCCCUCUGAGAACCACUCUUCCAAGGCGGCCGCCGUAGCCAACAAUGCUAGCGCUGCGCCCACGCCUUCCAAUACAGGGUCAGCAUCAGCCACGCAGCCAUCUAAACCGGAAAUUGGUAGUUCGCCGCUGGCGGCCAGCAAGCCGCCAACCGCAGCCGCAACUGCGGCCGAACCGGUCAAAACGAACAACGCCGCCCCCGCUCCAGCCGCCACCAACUCGUCAUCCUCACCUUCGAAGGCGGCUGCCGCACCGCCCUCUGCCGCCUCCAAGGCAGCCAGUGCGGCCCCCGCCGCCCACAAGGUUGUACCGCCUCCGGCUGCUGCCCCCAAAGAGACCGCCUGUCAGAAGCCCCCUGCGACCAGUGCCAGUCCUAAUGCUGCCUCCAAGGUUGCCGCUGCACCUGCCGCCCCUACAUCAGCCGCCGCCACCAGCCAGCAAACGCCACCCCUAGUGGCAGCCAGCAGCAGUCCGGUGAAGGCAGCGCCACCCUCCAAACCAGUAGCGGAGACAGUGCCGCCUCCAGCACCGACAGCUGCUGCUGCUGCUGCCGCCCCUAAGGCAGCCACCCCUCCUCCGGCCGCAGCCACACCCAAAGCCGAAAUGAAGGUGGCCACCAUACCGCGCGGCAGUAAACGGAAACGCGAACCAAAGACUCCAUCGGCAACACCGGAAGCGUCGGCGUCGAAGGGAAGUGAAGCGGAUGACCGGAAGUCGAAGAGAGUGCGCCUGCCCACUCAGCCCUACCAGAGUCCCAUUCCCGAGUUGACGCUCAUCGCCAAGCUCAACAAGACAGCCACGCCGGCCAAGGCCCACGAUGAACGCCUCAUUGCCUUCUACAAAAACGAAUUUCUGGCCGUGCGAAACGCGGAAGGCAGUUUCUACAUUUGCCAAGCGAUGCAGAAUAUCUACAAGAGCAGUGCGAAAAUCAAAAUUCGUUGGCUGUCUGAAGAGGGUGGGAAGGGAGUAUACUCGCCUGACUUCUAUGACACAACAGAUUUCGACUGUAUCCUGACCAACCUGAACAUGCAGAAAUUGGAGAAAGAGAAGUACCGUCUUCCCGAGGUGGAAUUGCAGCGCACAGAGAGCAUACUGAAAAGGGCAAUUGACGUUGAGAAGGGAGUUUCCGAGAAGCCCCCUGUCACCGAAGAACACCCUGAUGGACUGGAUUUGUCGCUGUUCCGUGACGAGUCGCAGCUGAAGAAGAAGGCAGCGCGGAAAGCGGCGGCUGCGGCUGCAGCUGCUGCAGAAACGCCCAAGAAGAAGCGGGGAGCAGCUGCUGCUGCGCAGAAACCAGCGCGCACCUCGCAGCGACGCGGCCGCGGACGCCCUGCCAAGGUGGUCGUCGCCCAAGAGGAGGAAAGUGAGGAGGACGAGUCGGAGGAGGAGGAGGAGGAGAGUAGCGAGGAGGAGGAGGAGCAGGAGGAUAGCAAGAAGCUAAAGAGGAAGAUAACAGCCACCCCAACGACAAGCAAAAAGAAAGAGGUGGCAACGCCAGCAACCACGGGCCGGGGGCGUAAGGCGCGUGGGGCGGUAGCAGCCGCCGCCCCCACACCAACGACCUCCAAGCGUGCGACACCCAAACCGCCCCCAGCGGCUGCUGCCGCCGCCAAGAAGAAACCCGCAGAAGAAACCACUGCCAAAGGGGCAGCAGCCGCCACCGGAAAGCGGAAAAGGUCCGUUGAGAGUGCGCCACCCCCAGUGCAGGCGGCUGCGGGGGCAGCGAAACGCGCGCGGAAGGCAGAGGCGGCGUCACCAGACGCCACCGCGUCUCCAGCGGCGGCUAGUAGUAGCGACGAGAAGGCGUCCAAAACGAGAAGUACGGUGGCGGCACCGGCUAACGGCAGUACGGUGACACCAGUGGCGACGGCGGCUACAGACAGUACAACGACCGCUGCCAACGAUACGUCACCCACCAAGGACAGGGAGCGCAGGGCUGCCGCCGCUAAAACGCGCAAGAAGUAGACUAUAUAUUUUGCCAAGUGAAUUCUAUACUUGUGUAGUGUGUGUACAUAUACAGUAAUAUUAUAAGACAGUAUGGGUAUGCAAAGCAGCAUAUACAUUAAUGUUAUGAGACAUUUUUGGUAUGCAAUACAGCAUACGUUUACAGUAAUCUUGUGAGAGUGUGGGUAUGCAGUACAGUAAGAGAGGCAGUGUUGUGGCUAUGUUAUGCAAUGAGCAUGGGAGACAGUGUGGGUAUACACAGUAAUGUUAUCAGACAGUAAUUGGGUAUGAAAUACAGCAGCAAGGAUUAUAUGGUUAAAGUGAGGGACAUUUUGGACACUGAUGCAGUGGUCUAUGUAGCCAAUUGAGUAGUUUUACAAGUUGAAAUGUUGCCCUCCCUUGUGUACCUUGUCAAGGCCAGUUUGUAUUACCACUUGUUGCCAUACAUCUGUUCUGUCAGCUGGAAGUUGUGCAACUUGUUGCAAUGCAAACAGGUGGGGUGCACUAGAUUUUUGAUAAGGUUUCUGGAGUAUUUUUGUUGUCGUUCUGUGAGUGAGCUGUUGAAUUGUUUUAAUGGGUAUAAAUCGAUUAUAAAGCGUUUAAUUUAUUGUUCAGGAAACAGUAGUUUUGGAAACAUUGAAGCUUAUUGUUUAGUUGAUUUCUAUUCACAAUAGAAGAAUGUAUGUAUUGUAUAUGAAUUUGUUUAUUAUCAUGGAAAAACAAGAAAAAAUAUGUUAUAUGCAGAAGCAUAAAAAAUACAUGCAAAUAUAUUAUAUAAUAAUUAUAUUGGGGGAAAUGAUUACUAUGAAUUGAAUUGACACUAACAAAGCGAGGUUAAAAACCUUAUUUACUGAAGGGAGAAGGUCCAUUCUAAGUUCAAGAUUAGAACAAGAUAAAGUUCAAGAUAAUAAUCUUAAUUUAAAACGGCAUUUUAAGGUGUGUCCUUUGUAUUGAAUGAAAAAGACUAAGAACUUGUCAAAAAACCACUGAUUUAUUGAUAAUUAGAAAGACCGGUUUCGGUUAUUAC